ACACGCUGGAAAUGUAGGACCACCUGGCCCACGAGGAGAGAAGGGUAACUCAGGGAGAAGAGGAGCUGAUGGUAAACCGGGAAAACUUGGAGCUAAAGGAUCUGCCGGCAAGGAUGGAGUCAAGGGUGAAAAGGGAGAGAUCGGACUGCCUGGUCUAAGUCUUCCUGGCCAGAAAGGGGAACCGGGCGUUUGUGGCUUGUGCCAGCCGUACGAGGUUGGCAGCGGACCUGCCAGCAUCAAAAUACCUGACGGAGCAAGAGGCAACCCAGGCGAACCGGGCCCUCCGGGCAUGCCCGGACUUCCGGGCCUUGGAGCGGAAGGCAAACAGGGCCCCCCGGGUGCUACUGGAGAGAGAGGAGAUAAGGGUGACCAAGGUGACAAAGGGGAUACGGGAGACAAUGGUGCUCCUGGAGUCCCAGGACUGCCUGGAGAGCCUGGACGAGAUGGACAAACGGGCCUCAAGGGAGAAAAGGGUGAAGCUUGUACCAGCUGUUCAUCUCUGGGCACUGCAGUGGGUGACGGUGUGGCUGUGCCUGGGCCGAAAGGAGAGAGGGGAGAGCCCGGACCCCCAGGAACAGGGAAAACGGGCAAAAAUGGUAAACCAGGCUUGCCAGGCAUACAAGGUCCUCCUGGUCUUAAAGGCAGCAGGGGAGAACCUGGACCCGUAGGAGUUGGCCAACCAGGCGCACAGGGCAUCGAAGGACCCAGAGGACUGCCGGGUAUUGUUGGACCUCCAGGAUCCAGAGGAACACCCGGCCCUGCAGGUCCCGUUGGAGAAAAGGGCAUGACAGGAGAUGCUGGACCUCCAGGACCGCAAGGGCCAGUGGGCUUCGGAGUAACUGGGCCACCGGGUAGAGACGGUGCCCCGGGCGCCCGCGGAACUCCUGGAGCUGAUGGCAGACCUGGACUUGACGGAGCUAAGGGGGACAAGGGUGACCCUGGCGAGUGUAACUGCAUCAUGCCAAUGCAGUCAGGUGCAGGAGGACCUGGAGCCCCCGGGGCUGUGACCGGCACAUGGCAGCCUGGCCCUCAGGGACCCCCAGGACCACCGGGCCCACCGGGCCCACCUGGGCCUCACGGUGCCAACGGACUUCAAGGACCUCAGGGUAUCCCUGGAAGCGACGGGAUACCAGGGAAACCGGGUUUGCCUGGAUACGUUAGGCCUGACUUGCAGCUGCUGCCUCAAGAUGCUUCUGACGAAGAUCAAGAUAAAGCCUGUGUCGGGGACUGCUCCCAAGGGAUGCCAGGGGUGCCAGGUAUGGCUGGGGCCAAAGGAGAAAAGGGAGACCAGGGCAAGCCUGGCGUCACACCCUUGGAUAACUGUGAUAGCUGUCUGGAGAAACUACAGGCAACAGAUCCGAGGGAUCCCUGCUCCUGUACAGGAUCACCCGGCGUUCCAGGGGUGCCAGGCUCACAGGGAAUACGCGGGGAGCCUGGUAUACAAGGGGACAGAGGACAAGCUGGACUUCCAGGAAACAUGGGCCCUCCAGGUUUCCCAGGUCCUCCGGGCCCAUCUGGCUCACCUGGUCCGCAAGGCGAACAAGGGUCAGCUGGCAUCGCCGGAAUCAAGGGUGAACAGGGCCCUUCAGGGACGCCAGGCUAUCCUGGAUCCAUGGGGCCUCCGGGAAUGCCAGGACUGAAGGGUGAACGCGGGAGCCCAGGGACGAGCGGUCAGAAAGGAGAAUUGGGUCCUUCGGGUCUCCCCGGGUACCAAGGACAGGCGGGCGCACCGGGAGGUAAAGGAGACACAGGGCCAGCAGGACCUGUUGGACCAAAGGGUGAUCAGGGCUUUCAAGGACAACCCGGAUUCCCUGGAACGCCGGGCCCACCUGGCCUUGCUGGCAAAAUUGGAAGAGAAGGACCCCCAGGACUCAAGGGUGAAAAGGGCAAUGAUGGUGCGCAAGGUUCUCAAGGAUCAACUGGACCCCCAGGCUCAUCAGGCUCCCCAGGACUAAUGGGUCCUCCUGGCAUCGAGGGAGUUCACGGAAAAGACGGAAAACCAGGGCUUCGGGGAGAGCUGGGCCCACCGGGACCAGCCGGCCCACGAGGAAUGCCAGGAUUCAAAGGGAAAACUGGCCACACUGGAUUUCCAGGACCAAAGGGGGAAGCUGGAAUUUCAGGCCCACCUGGACCACCAGGUAGACCAGGGCACGAGGGUGAUCCCGGCACGCCAGGAGCUCAGGGACGACCGGGACCAUCUGGUCACAUUGGUUCACCAGGUCCAGCUGGACCCCCAGGACCUCCCGGUCCAUCUGGAUUGGGUAUAAAGGGAGAUAAAGGUCAGAUUGGAGAGAGAGGUCUUCCAGGAAUGCCUGGAACCCCAGGUCCACCUGGUCACCCAGGAUUAAUGGGCGAGCCAGGAAAUGAUGGUUCUGCUGGUAAAGAUGGCUUGGCGGGCCUUCCUGGUGAGAACGGGAAAACAGGUCAAAAGGGUGAACCUGGGGCCACUGGGGAAAGAGGCCCUCCGGGGGAGAGAGGCAGACCAGGGCCCCCUGGUGGAGGCUUGGGAUAUCACUCCAAAGAUGCACAGCCGAUGAUUGGCCCGGUGGGGCCCAGAGGGGAGAGGGGAAACUCUGGCCCAGCCGGCCCCCCUGGACUACCUGGAACUCCAGGCUCACCGGGAAAUGAUGCUGUUGUCAAUUACGAUGAAAUCAAGAGCUUCAUCCGCCAGCAGGUCAUCAAGAUUUUUGAUGAGAGAAUGGCCUACUACAUGUCUCGUAUGCAGAUGCCUGUAGAAAUGGUAUCAUCUCCCGGUCGGCCCGGGCCGCCAGGGAAAGACGGCAUUCCCGGUAAUCCCGGAGCCCCCGGCGCACCUGGCAUCCCAGGCCAGAUCGGCCGAUUAGGUCGACCUGGACCCCAAGGCCCAGCUGGACCAAGGGGCCCAGUGGGUGCAAAAGGAGAUAAGGGUGUAGGUGAAAUGGGAGAUGUCGGACCGCCAGGAGCACCAGGUAUCCCGGGUUCCCCAGGGUAUGGUAAGAUGGGACCCCCAGGUUCCGUUGGCCAGCAAGGAGUUCCUGGAAUCCCAGGUCCUCCUGGACCGGCUGGUUCAAAGGGAAUCGACGGCCGGUGUAACCCUUCAGACUGCAUGAGCCGUCAAGUGGAAUAUAGCCCCAAGGGCCCGUCUGUCAAGGGCCCCUGGUAAACGAGCGGAGGGCAAGGAGGGGAGAGGUCGGGCAAACCAAAGGACAUAAAGCCGGGAAUUCUGACCGCAAACUUAAAGAUGGCAACUUCCUUUGUUAUUGAACAGCGCCCAUGUUUGUUUGUUUGUGCAAAAAUCCACAUUCCUCUUCCCCUACUUUGACCUAAGCGGUGAAUCUCAAUUCCAUCAUUCUUUCCUUAUGAAUUCCACUUCUUUCUCAUAUCAUUCUUUGUUGUUGUUUUGCCUUCUCUUCACCAUGUUUCACUCCUUCAAACCAACCACGGGAAGGUGAAAGGAUCCCUUUUUCUUUGUUUUUUUUCUUUGUCAAGUUUAGAACGCAGCCACGUGUACUGUAGCAGCUUGCUUGCACCUCUGAUAUCACAGUGCCUCACAAACCUUCACAACGGCUUCAGCGCUUGUGGUGUUUGUUCUCCGUAGUUGAAUUGGGUUUCGAAGAGAAUGGAUGCGUACGCACCCUUUUCGAGGGCUUUACCGUUUUGUAAAUAUUUCUAUUUAUAUAUAGCAGCUUUUUAUACAUUUUGAAACAUUUGAUGAGCGACGUCAUACCAUCGCCAUGGAAAUACUGUCCACCAAACGUGCGGAGAGCUUGUCACCCUAUUUCAAGUGAAGAAUUGAAUUCAUGAUUCAAAAGUACGCUCACAGUUUUUCACAUUCAAGCAACAGUUCGGACACGCUUUGAUGCCGAUUCGGCUUUCUAGAACAUUUGCGGCCGUUCGUCUUAAAUGCAAGUCAAUAGCUUUGGAUUCACAAGCUAGCAAAAUGCUAUUCUACUCCCUGGGGGGGCAUUUUUAGGCUUUAGUAUCCCACUGAUUGUUCAGAAUAGCCAAGCCUUGAAAAACAAAACUGUGGUUUCUCUCAGAAACAGAAUUCAACUGUGUUUUGAAUGGCUGUACGAUGCCACUCUAUAUGCUUGCUGUGUAUAUGUUGUUUCAAGACAUUGCUGUGCAACUCGUGUUUCUUCCUGAGGUUGUUUUAUAAAUCAUUUGAGAGACAAAAAAAAAAUAUGCAAAGCAAGGGUUGUUGUUUUCAUUCGCAUUAUAUUUGUGCAAUCGGUAUGUCCCAUGUCUAGAAAUGACAGGAUUUACAGUAUGUAUGAGCACUCAUGUUGAAACUUGCCAAACAAGUGUUGACAAAUUGCAAGCUGCAGCAAACCCCCCCCGCCCCCUAAAAAAGGACUGAAUUGAUAUAAAUGAUAAUAGGGGAAGAGGUUUUUUACAUAAUAAUAAAGAAGAGUGAAUUUUA